GCGUCGCCCUAGCAACAUACGGAGUUUGCGUUAACGUUAAUAAAGUGUGCCAGGAUUCUUCUAAACUGAAUGAAACAACCACUCCUUUAAAUUUUAAUUUACCAGCUAAGUGAAGCGCUGAUGGCCACAAACAACCCGUCAAUGUUUCUUCUCACAGUAAACGGACAAAUUGAGGGAGCGAACUUUCCAGAGUUUGACAACCUGUACUGCAAAUACUGUUUUGUCUACGGUCACGACUGGGUUCCCUCGUCGGGGCUGGAGGAAGGCAUCACUCAAAUAACCUGUAAAGGCAUUCAGUCAUCACACAAAUUAAUAUGGAACUUCCCACUGGAAACAACAUUUAAGAGCACAAACCCAUCUGGAUGGCCUCAGCUUGUGAUGAGUGUUUAUGGUCCAGAUGCAUUUGGCAACGACGUCAUCCGGGGCUACGGCGCAACGCACAUCCCCUUCACACCUGGACAACACACACGAACCAUCCCCAUGUUUGUUCCUGAGCCCUCAUGGAGGCUUCAGAAAUUCACCAGCUGGUUGUUGGGACGGCGGCCCGAGUACACAGACCCUAAAGUAGUGGCCCAGGGUGAAGGCAGAGAAGUGACUCGUGUUCGUUCCCAAGGUUUCGUCACCGUCUCCUUUCACAUCAUGACCAAAGACAUGAAGAAGCUGGGCUACGACACAGGGCCGUCAGGUCCUGCAAACACACAGUCUGCCACAUCCAGCUGGUCGACAGAAGGACAGCCAUACAACAUGUAAUGACAAAAGACUGUUUUAUAGACAACUAACUGGUGGGACUUCUUUUUUGCCCUCACAGAUGCUUGGGCUCUACCAAAAUAGAAGCACAACACUCAGGUUAGACUGUUUACACAACGCAAGUGGCAAGAAUGCAAGGGAAACCUGUCUAAUACUCAGUGUUUUAUAGUAAAAAUGUCACAUUAUUUGAAUGAAACUUUUAUUUGUUGUAUUCAAGUAUGAAUAUGAAUAGUUAGUUUACUUAAAAUGAACAGGACUACUUCAAAUGAUCACUAGCUGUUUGGACUCGUUCUUUAGGUAAAGUCUUGUGAAAACAUCAGUUUAAACUCAUGUUUAGGUAAAAAAAAAAACCAAUACAAGGGGACAAACACUGAGAUUACAGAGCUGAAGUGAUACACACUUUAUUUGAAUGCAGCUACAGUUGUUGUCAUCCAACAUGGUGCGGCCUGCUGCGUUCAUUUGUUUAGAUGCAGUUAAAAUGCCAUAGUGACUUUUCCUACAAAAACCCAUUACACAGAACAAUAAGGUAUACAGAAGAACAGUAUGUUACAAUAGUACAAAUGAUAAAUUAUAUUAUACAGUUAUAAUGCCAACAGGUUGAGCACAUAUCUGAUAAAAAAAAAA